AUUCAGGCGUCUAAUAACCAUAAAGACACACAAGUGCGUCACACUACAGCUUUACGGGAACUCUUUGCCCUAUUUUAUGUGGAUUUGGCACUUUAUAAGUGAGACAAGUGCUCGCAGGCACCAGAGGAAGAAGACGACUGUCAUUUAGCCAACUCAUAAAUAACCAAGCAACUCUGGUUUGUUUUUUAAUUCCCUUGUAUCCUUUAAAGGGGUAUUUUGAAUUGAAGAUACAGUAUGGGACAGCAAGGCUCCAAAUCCUCCAUAGAAGCGCGGGUGAUUUUCCAACGAGUUGGCUCGGUGGACUUGUGUCAGAAAACGGACGCAUGUUCACUCCUGCCUUCGUUGUCCACAUUCAGAAGAAGGUGACCAGUCAGUCAGCCUGUCUUCACUCUUCUUCCCGGGCACUGGAGAAGUCAACACCCCAUCACCGACCCCAAAGCCGCUGUGACACUGGAGGACUAGUUUACGUGAUGGAUAAUCCAACCGGUGGCGUGUGGGUGAAGCCGGGAGAGAAACGGACCAGUUCUUGAUACAAAAAUAAAAUCUCCAGGCGAAUUGCACACGAAUUAUUCGAUGGCAUUAAGUCUAGCACUUUGUGACUGAAGCUUUGGCGUCUUCUGAGCAGCAGGAUGCUACCGAUGUGGGUUCCUGCGCUGAAGUGCAUCCACACUGCAGCGUCUGGAAUUAAGGUUGAUUUAAAUUGUCUUAGUGACAUAGAGGAGUUGGCUGGACUGAUCACUAAUUUAUUGAUUUAGUCCAUAUCGGACAUUUAUAGUCAGUGUCAGACUGCAGGAGAGGGAGAUGAGUGGAUGCGAAAAGUGCCAUGCGUCAUGCACGCAGAGAUAAUAUGUUUUCUUUGGAAACAGAGUCAUUGUCUUGUUGACAUGAUUGUAAGUGAUUAUGUUUUUUUAAGAAUGCAAACCUAACUGUUUUAAUUUUCAGAAUAAUCAAAUCAAAUGAAAGAAUUUGCUUGGGUUAAGUCAGUGCUGAGAGUUGGCUAACAACAACUCUGCUAUUUAGAUUGUUUGUAAACAGGGUGUACUUUAGCCUACUGUCAAUGGCUGACCAACUUUUAUUUAUUUUCCUUCCUUUUAAUUUGACUGUAUCCUCUUUUUAUUAAUUUAUGUAAUACCAUAGCACACAAAUGUAUUUAAAUCAAAUGUUUUUUUAUAUGGUAUGUUUACGGUAGUUUGAAUGUGAUGGACUGGAGGUCAGUGUUGACCCACCUUUAGAUUUAAGGAGAAUGUUUGUCCAGAAUGUCUCUCAAUAACUGAAAGGUGUCAUGGCAGUAUUGAGGCGGCUUAUGGCGCCUUUUGUUUUUGAGAAGCUCUGGAAGGUUUGAAGUGGUUUGGGGAAAGUAAAGGCGCAUUUGAGGGACACGGCAUCCACAUUUCACAUUUCUGUCAACUGGAUGUCACGGUUGGAACUGUUAGAAAUGUAUAUGUUGAAAUGAAUAAUUUAAAGAUUUAAACCUCUCAUAUUAAUUUCUUUAUUUUACUGUAGAGGAAUCUAACGCUGGUGCAGCAAGAAACGGCAUUUCUUUUUUUGGCAGAGGAAGUCUGUAUAUUGUUCCUUACGUUUGCCUAUUUAUUGUCACUUACACCAGGGCAGCUAUUACGUUGCGAGUGAAUAUGUAAUUACAAUUAAAAAUUGAUUUUCAGGCAAAUUAUUGUAUCUCAUGUGUGCAACAUGGUCCAAAAACAAGCAUGGCUUAAACAGCAGAAUGUAAUUAGUAACUCAGGAUCACUUAAAAAUAUUGUUCUUAUAGACCUUUGUAUGACUCACAGCGCAAAUAAACAAGGGAUAUCCUCCGGUUGGUCGAAACUUUGCCCUCUGGUGUGGCGCCUUAUCGGUGAGCUGUAAGUUAUAGUGAGCAUGGAACUAAUGGCUUAUCUAUUUAACUCCGGGCAACGCACUAAGCAAACAUUCGUCAAAAGGGUAAGUUAUGGGGAAGAUGUGCAUAUUCUAAUUGGGUUGACUGCCUUUAUCUCUCCCCGUCGCCAUGGGACUGCGAGGAUCUAAACCACCAGAAGCCAGAGUUCUCCUUCUGGGCCUGGACAACGCUGGAAAAUCGACUCUUCUUUACAAACUGAAGCACAACGCGUGCGUAUGCACGGUUCCCACCAUUGGCUUCAACGUGGAAAUGCUCGAAGUGAGAAAGAACAGGAAGAACAUCGCCUUAACUUUGUGGGAUGUUGGUGGUCAGGGAAAGAUGCGCGAGCACUGGAAGAGUUUCCACCAGGACACAGCAGCGGUCGUGUUUGUCGUGGACAGCUCGGACAGGAGGCGUCUGGGGGAGGCGCGGAGGGAGCUAGACAACACACUGAGGAGCGAGCAGCUGCGGGGCCGGCCGCUGAUUCUUCUCGCCAACAAACAGGACGUGGACGGCGCUCUGAAUGUCACUGAAAUCAAGGACAUGUUUAACCUGACAAAAAUUUGCUCAGGUCGGGAUUGGUUCGUACAGCCUUGUUCCGCAUCGACGGGAGUUGGAGUUGAGGAGGCUUUCAAACAAGUGGUCCAAAUGGUCAAACUCCCAUCAGACUCUGGGGCGAUGAGAGACAAUAUCAAGGAAACGGUGCACUACCUCAAAGCUUCUCGCAAACAUUAGGUUUUAUUUGGCCUAUAUGAAAUGUGCUAUUUUCAAACCAUUGACAAUCUGACAAAUUCAUUUUGAAAUAACCUUUUACUAGGCUAUCUAUACUAAUGCAUACCAACAAUAAACCAUAUGUGAAUAGAUCAGA